UUCGCUCUCUCUCUCUCUCUCUCUAUCCCUCACUCUCUCUUCGAUCUUCGAGCCCUCACUCUCCUCCCAUGGCUUCUAGGAAAGGCAGCGACGCUGAUCUAUGGACGGAGAUCGCAUCACAAGGAGAUGAUGAACAGCAGCCGGAGGAGCAGGAAAUUGCUGUCGUUUAUGGGAGGAGGAGAAGGAAUCAGGAAUCAGUAUCCAAAGGCCAACUUGGUCAGUCGGGUAGAGAGAAUAGGGUGAGCUUUGUGCCGAGCAAGAGGCCCAGCUGGAAUCGAUCACUUUCCAUUCGAGGGAGGGAAAGUAUCAUUGUUGCGGUAGGAGAGGAGUUCAGGCCUCAACCUAAGAAUAAAGGAGGGAGGAAAAUCCCCAAGCCGGGGCGUGGGAAAAAGGCAGUUCAAGAACCAAGAGAUUUCAGGAAGGAGAAGGCAUAUUUCCAAGAAGUGGACUCCUUUGAGUUGUUGGAGGAAAGCCCCUCACCGAAGCAUUUCAGCACUUGGGCUAUGGGAAGGCAACAUGACUACAUUGUCCAUGAUUUGCCUUCCAUUUUGGAGCGAUGGAGGAUUUCAAAGCUUGCCUAUCGUUGUUUGUCAUCUCAACAAUUGGGUAGGAUUUUGGAAACGCCAAGAAUUCCAUCUGGUCAAACUGAUAAUGGCCUAUCUGGAAACCUGUUUGAAACAACACCUGAAAAGGCUACAAGGUUGAUGGUUCCUUUCAAUCUCAGUUGUUAUAAGAGUGACAUCAAUUCAAAAUCUGCUGCCCCUGAGUCUGUUGGUGAUCUAAAUGAAAAUAGUAUUGUAAGUUCAUUUGGUGCACUUCAGAUCAAAGAAGUGAGUGUUGAAGGAGAUUUUUCAGUAAGUGGGGAAUCCAAAAUAAGCAGUGCUUUAGGCAAAGAAUCAGAAGGGGCAAACAGGAAAGAAUCAAUAGUUUCACACUCAGCAUCAUUGGGUGGGGAAUGUUACAGUGCAUUCACACAACUUCUCAUGGUUUGCCAUCAACAAGCUCCUCUUAGUCUUCAUGAAGUCUUCACUAACUAUUGUGAUUCAAAUAGCAUUGUUAAAAUUGGUGAAGGAACCUAUGGUGAGGCAUUCAAAGCUGGUGAUGCUGUUUGCAAGGUAGUUCCUAUUGAUGGGGAGUUGUUAGUGAAUGGAGAAGUCCAAAAGAAAUCUGAAGAAGUACUUGAAGAGGUCUUGCUUUCAUUGACUUUAAAUAAUCUAAGGCCGAGAGAAGGGGAUUCCGUCAAGGAGAAUUCUUGCACCCUUUUUAUCGAAACGAAAGACUUUCGAGUCUGCCAAGGUUCCUACGAUGCUAGCCUCAUUAACUCAUGGGAAGAAUGGGAUACGAAGCAUGGAUCUGAAAAUGAUCAUCCAAAGGAGUUUUCAGAAAAUCAGUGCUACAUAGUAUUUAUCCUAGCUCAUGGUGGUAAAGAUCUAGAAAGUUUUGUGCUUUUGAACUUUGAUGAAGCUCGAAGUUUAUUAGUACAAGUUACUGUUGCAUUGGCUGUUGCAGAGGCUGCUUGUGAAUUUGAACAUCGAGAUCUGCACUGGGGCAACAUUCUUUUGACUCGUUCUGGAGCUAAUAUGAUGGAUUUCACACUUGAAGGAAGGAAAAUGCAAGCCAGAACAUAUGGAUUAACAGUAUCAAUAAUUGAUUUCACCCUUUCCCGAAUCAAUACUGGAAAGGCUAUACUUUUUCUCGAUCUGUCGGCUGAUCCAGGAUUGUUUGAGGGUCCUAAGGGAGACAUACAGUCUGAGACAUACCGAAAAAUGAAAAAAGAGACCAAAGAAUGCUGGGAAGGAAGCUUCCCAAAGACUAAUGUUCUCUGGCUGAUAUACCUGGUUGACAUUUUGCUAAUGAAGAAAUCCUUUAAACGAACUACAAAAGACGAGAGAGAACUUCGGUCUUUCAAAAAACGUCUAAAUUCAUAUACUUCAGCAAAGGACUCUCUUUCUGAUAUCUUCCUCAGUGAAUUGUUGUCUGAUCACUCACCAUGAAUUUACACAUCAUGUUUUAAUUAAAAGUUUUUUUGUAUAUUUAAUCUUUUUUAUUUUUGUUUGAUCAAUGCGUUUAUAUGAUUUUUUUGAUAAAUUCCAGUAGGUUGUGUUUCU